AUGGCAGAGAAGCCGGCGGGCCCCGCCUCCAGGUCGAGGAUCCGAGGCGGGCUCGCCGCCUCCGCGCCCUCCUCCAGGAGGGUGGCGUCGAUGGCGUACACCGCGGCCCCGAAUCAGACCAAGAAGGUUCCUGAGCCAAAGGUCGUGAAGCCGACGAGAACCACGCCGGCCAAGAGGCGGCAGCAGCUGGAUCAGGCGCAGAAGCAGAGAGAAGAGCUCGCUGCCUUGCAGGAGCAGCUCAGUGGCCUGCAGGGGAAACUGCUUGAGAAAGAUGACGCUCUGAGGUCCGCCGAGAACUUGAUCGGCCGCAUCAGUGCGGCGAAUGCCGCGGUUGAUGAGUUGAGAAGCCAGCUCUCUGAUAAGGAAUCGCUGGUGGAAUCUACUGGCUCUGAGUUGCAGGAUACAAAGAUUAUGUUGGCCGACAAGCAAGCAGCAUUGGAGAAAUUAGAAUGGGAGGCAAAGGUGUCAAGUACAAAGGUUGAAGAACUCGAAGUUGAUGUUGCCUCUAUGGAUGUCGAAAUCUCUGCUCUGAUGAAGGUAUUCAGGAAAAUAACAGAGAACAGCCGGACCUCUUAUUCCACAGAGAGAUCUGACGAUUCAUCGUUGGAAUGUGAACCAGUUCAGCUCGAUGAUCUGGUAGGUGAUAUUGACAUGGAUAAGAUGGAGCAAGAAAUGUCGGCCUAUGUCACUGCUCUAGCCGCAGCCAAAGACAAUCCUACCGAGGAGUUCCUGAAAGCAGUAACCGAAGCAAGGCUAAGACUCCAAGCAUUUGUGCUCUAACUUGGCUGCCAAACACUGACUGCUCUGUGCCAAGAGUAGCUCUCAUGAUGCUGGGCGCCAGUCAGUGUAUUUUGCCUCUGAUAAUAUGAUAUGCACAUGAGCUGAUAGAGGUAGGCAUUGGGUCUUAUAUUGCAGAGGAUCCGUGUUUGUAUCCUCUCAUUUUGGAUCUGGAAUAUGGUGCCUUUGAUCUUGUUGUUGUAACUCUAUGCCCCCUAUUGACUAUUGAAGUGGAGUAUAUGACUGGGUGGCGUCUUAGUAGAUGUCAACUUGUACCAUUUUAGUGAACAUUUGAUGGUUCACCUGCCUGGAGUUUUAGUGAACAUUUGAUGGUUCAGC